UUCGUAACUGAGUAGUAAGUGAGUAGAAGAAGCGAUAGUCCCAAGUGCGAUAUAUGUUAACUGCGCUUGCCACACGCCAUCAGAAUGGUAGUGACAACGACCCAUACAGGGCUGGUAAAAGAGGCAAAUAAUUGCAAGUGCAAACAAUUUCGAAAGACUGAAACAUUCUACAGCGGACAAAAUUUCUGCAGUGCAGAACUUAAGAGCAAAGUUUCAAAGUCAGUUACAAAAACUAUAUACGAAACGGUGCAGGUCACCAGUACAAAUAAAAACUGUAACCGUCAUCGGAUUUCUAAAACGAACACUAGAAUGCCGUUUUCAAUGAGGAUACGGAGAAGGGAACUUUCGGCCGCCGUUGCCGUAAUUCUGAUGAUCAUUUUUCCGCGGGAGUUUUCUUACAGCGUCGGGGUAGCAGCCCAGAGUGUACCAUCGCCAACGCAAAGGCUUUCAUCGACGCCGGCGCUUUUUGAAGACUUACCAGAAGAGAGCCUAGCCAAUACAAAGGACCCAUGCAAAGCUAGACUUUUUCUUGGCGACAUUGCUUUAGAUGAAGAAGACGUAGAAAAUAUCUUCGGUGAAACUGCCGACGAUUUCAUUCAAAACGUCGGGAAAGCACCGGCAACCCCAACCCGGUCCCCAAUCGGUGACGUCAUGUCUUCACCCCCAAGUCCCAGCUCCAACCCCAACCGCCGGAGAAGAAAAGGGCGCGGAAGAAAAAAGAGACGGCGGAACAGAAAGUCAAGAAAGAACGUUCAACGUCAACAAGCAACUUUAGAUUUUGACGUGGCGUCACCUUCAAACAUGACGUCAGAGGUUUUUGCUUCGUACAAUUCAAGCCAAGGCAACCGUACCAAUACGCCUGUUCGAACCACCGGCGAUACAUUAAGAACAGGAAUCCCAAAUCUACGAGAACUAUCUUUGGUUCUUGACCGAGAGGUAUCCAGACGACGUAGUGACGUCAUGGAUAUUGAUGACGUAGCAAGGGCGGGUCGCAGAAGGGGCGGGCGUAGAAAUAGAAAACGUAAACGAAAAGGGCGAAGGAGGAAUAGACACAGGCGACUUCGGUACAAGAGCAGACGACAAAGAGCAGAGGAAGUAUUUAAACGGACUCGUAGAGCUGCAACUGCUCGACAAGAGAGAAAAUGGCCCCAUGGUGUAAUUCCGUAUACCAUCAGUGCUAAUUUCACAGGUUCCCAAAGGGCGAUGUUCAAACAAGCCAUGAGACAUUGGGAAGGCCAAACCUGCCUUACAUUUAUUGAGCGAACGAACGAAGACAACUACAUUCGAUUCACUUACCGUCCUUGCGGUUGCUGUUCGUACGUUGGCCGCAAAGGGACUGGACCACAAGCCAUUUCGAUCGGAAAGAAUUGCGAUAAGUUUGGUAUCGUCGUUCAUGAACUCGGUCAUGUGAUUGGUUUCUGGCACGAACAUACGAGACCUGAUCGCGACGACCACAUAGAAAUCAUAUACAAGAAUAUUCAAGCCGGUCAGGAAUACAAUUUCGAACAAAUGGACUCGAGUGAGAUCAACUCCCUUGGCGAGAAAUACGAUUACUACAGUAUUAUGCACUACGCAAGGAACACCUUCAGUAAAGGAAUGUUUCUGGAUACGAUCCGACCAAUGGUAGACCAGGAAACUGGGAUGAGGCCUUCUAUUGGUCAACGCACGCAACUGAGCGAGGGUGAUGUUAUACAAGCGAAUAAACUCUACAGUUGUCCAACAUGUGGUAGCACAAUGCAAUCAACAACUGGAAACAUAUCGUCACCAAACUGGCCAGCAUCUUACCCAGCUUACUCCAACUGUGAGUGGAGAAUAAGUGUAACACCUGGGGAAAAAAUCGUCAUGGAUUUCACAAGUUUGAACAUAUUUCGAAGUCGAGGUUGCUGGUAUGAUUACAUUGAAAUACGAGACGGUCAUUGGGAGAGAUCGCCUUUGAUAGGCAGAUACUGCGGCAAUAACCUACCCCCUCAGAUUACAUCCACUGACAGCAGGAUUUGGAUGAAAUUUCGAAGCACCAGUAACUUUAACGGGAGCGGCUUUCGGUUGCGGUACGAAGCUGUAUGCGGAGGUGACAUUCGAAGAAACUCUGGUCAAAUACAAAGUCCUAACUAUCCUGACGACUAUCGACCAAGUAAAGAAUGUAUUUGGACAGUUGUUGUGGACGAGGGAUACCAAGUCGGCCUCUCAUUCCAAGCAUUCAAGGUCGAGCGUCACGACACUUGCUCUUACGACUACCUAGAAGUCCGAGAUGGCCCGAACGCAACCUCGGAACUAAUCGGAAGAUUCUGCGGAUCUGAUAGACCAGAUGACAUCAAGGCCACCACAAAUACGUUAUGGAUUAAAUUUGUAUCUGAUGCAUCUGUCAACAAAGCUGGUUUCGCCGCUUCGUUUUUCAAAGAAAGAGACGAAUGUGCAUUGGAAUCAAACGGAGGAUGCCAACAGAAGUGUAUCAACACCCUGGGAAGUUUCAAGUGCGCCUGUUAUCCUGGGUAUGAGCUCAGUCGCGACGGAAUGACAUGCGAAGCUGCAUGUGGUGGUUACGUCACUACUCCUGACGGUGAGAUUACGUCACCAAACUGGCCUCGUGAAUACCCGACCAACAAGCAGUGUAUCUGGCAGAUAGUAGCCCCGCCACAACAUAGGAUAACCAUCGAGUUUGAUAAAUUUGAACUGGAAGGAAAUGAAGUUUGCAAAUACGAUUACGUUGAGGUGCGCAGCGGACUCACUGACGAAUCGACAUUCCAUGGAAAAUUCUGCGGAACUGAGUUACCCCCUGUUAUCUCUUCUACUAUUAACCAAAUGAGAAUCAAAUUCAAUUCGGACGACACUGUUGCCAAACGAGGCUUUCGAAUUCGAUUCACUUCUGACAGAGAUGAAUGCGCAGUAAGAAACGGGGGUUGUAUGCAUGUGUGUGUCAACACGGUUGGCAGCUACAUGUGCAGUUGCAGAAACGGUUACGUUCUCCACAGCAAUGGACAUGGCUGUAAAGAAGCCGGGUGUGAGCACGACGUAACGUCCUAUGUUGGCGAGAUAACCAGCCCAAAUUGGCCAAACAAAUACCCAAGCAGGAAAGAAUGUACAUGGCAUAUAUCGACAAUAGCUGGACACAGAGUAAAACUGGUUUUUAACGAGUUUGAAUUGGAAAGUCACCCAGACUGUGCAUACGACCACCUUGAGCUUUACGAUGGUUCAAACUCCACCGCCCCAAUAUUAGGUAGAUACUGUGGCAGCAAGAAACCUAGUCCCGUUGUUGCAAGUGGUAUUCACAUGUUCGUUAAAUUCUUCUCCGAUGCAUCCGUUCAAAAGCGUGGAUUUUCUGCCUCGCAUACAACAGUUUGUGGAGGAAGUCUAAAUGCCAGCGCCCGCACAAAGGAUCUAUUUUCCCACCCACAGUACGGCGACACCAUCUACGUUAAUGGGAGGGAAUGUGACUGGGUUAUAACCGCUAGUAAUGGUUAUGGUGUUGAACUAAUGUUCAGAGCUUUUGAGGUAGAGGACGAGACUGACUGCAGUUACGACUUUGUAGAAGUAUUUGACGGGCCAACAGAUAGCGCAGUGCGUUUUGGUCGCUUCUGCGGAUACGAGUCUCCCGAUACAAUUUUCUCAUCUGGUGACUCUCUGCUCGUUCGAUUCCACUCAGACGACACAGUAAAUAAGAAGGGAUUCCAAGCUAGUUACAGUAGCACUGUGCUACAAGACACCGUUAGUUUGGUGCAGGUCAAUGCAGCAUAAACGUGCCUCAUCAAAUUGGGAAAGAUACUUGCUAGCGGCUUUCUAGAUAAAUCUACAAGGACAGUCACUGCCGCUUUGGUGGCCACGUAUAUGGUUCUAAGGUUGCUGUUCGUUUUGUCGCUAAGAAGUCCAAGCUGCUUAAGGCGGCUAUCCUCAUAUUUUAUAUCCACUGCGACAUUGCCACUUCGUAACUGCUUUGUAUAGUUAACUCUCGCAAAUCCAAUGGUUGCGCUUCUGUUAUGCUUACCAGCAAUAUAAACUGAGCCCAACCGUAUGCACCUUUUCACAAGCACAAAUUUCACAGACAUAUUUUUAUUCACUUUUUGAAGGUUUCACUGUUUCUUCACUUUGUAUGGACACAGCAUCUUCCUAUGGGUCUCACCUGUGUUAGCUAAAUACCGUCUUCCAAUACCAAACAAAAUGAUAUUUUUUUGAGCUAGUUGAGGCCCAGAGAAUGAUUUUUUUGUUUUUGUAUCCCGCGAAAUCCAAUACCCAACCGCUUAACUUGUUCAUUGCACUUUUUUUGCUUAUUUGUUUCUACUCACCAGCAACUCAAUAACUAUUGAAGAUAUUAUAUUUGUUUCUUGCUAUUGAUUCACAUUUUCGUUCAAAUCAUGAUUCACUACUAUUUUCUCGCGUUUGAAAGCGACAAAUAAAAUUGUCCAGCUUU